AUGCAACAAGAGGAUGAAACAAUGGGAGCAGAGAAGGAGGAAGAGAUGCCAGAGGAGGCUGCCCCAGAGCAUGCUCCCAUCGAGGACGAGAAGCACGAGGAGGACGAAGAGAAUGAGGAGGCAGAAGAUGUGCCUGAGGAAAAGGUGCAACAAGAGGAUGAAACAAUGGGAGCAGAGAAGGAGGAAGAGAUGCCAGAGGAGGCUGCCCCAGAGCAUGCUCCCAUCGAGGACGCAGAGAAUGAGGAGGCAGAAGAUGUUCCUGAGGAAAAGAUGCAACAAGAGGAUGAAACAAUGGGAGCAGAGAAGGAGGAAGAGAUGCCAGAGGACGCUGCCCCAGAUCAUGCUCCCAUCGAGGAGCAGGAGGACGAAGAGGACGAAGAGGAUGAGGAGGAGGAGGAAGAAGACGUGCCAGAAGAAAAGAUGCAACAAAAAAAGGAGGAAAAGAUGGGAGCAGACAAGGAGCAAAAGAUGCGAGAGGAGGCUGCCCCAGAGCAUGCUCCCAUUGAGGAGCCGGAGAACGAAGAGGACGAAGAGGAUGAGGAGGAGGAGGAAGAAGACGUGCCUGAGGAAAAGAUGCGAGAG